GUCACUUAUCGUGAGUGUAUCGCGUUAUGGCUGAAGCUGGGAACCCGAAAACUGGAGAUAGAUUCCAGACCACUGGAGAACUGCAGAAUAUCCAUUCUGCUUAUCGAUUAAAUGGAAAAAACUACCUCAAAUGGUCUCAAAUCAUUAGGACCAUCCUGAAAGGAAAAGGGAAAAUCAGUCACCUAACUGGGGAUGCACCGAGUGAGAGUGAUCCAAAAUUCAAAUCAUGGGAUGAAGAAGACUCCAUGAUCAUGGCGUGGCUGUGGAAUUCAAUGGUCCCAGAAAUCAGUGAUACCUGCAUGUUCCUAAAAUCAGCAAGGGAGAUCUGGGAGGCAGUCGAACAAACUUACUCUAAGGCCAAGGAUGCUGCUCAAAUUUAUGAUGUAAAGGUGAAAACCGUGGCUGCUAAACAGGGAAGUAAGUCCGUUACAGAAUAUGCCAAUCAACUUAAAUCCCUAUGGAUGGAAUUGGAUCACUAUCGGGUUAUAAAAGCAAAGUGUUCAGAAGACUCAGCAAUUUUAAAAGAAUAUAUUGAACAAGAUAGGGUCUAUGAUUUUUUGGUGGGCCUAAAUCCUGAAUAUGACCAGGUCCGAAUUCAAAUCUUAGGAAAGGAGAAAGUUCCAGGGCUUAAUGAAGUGGUAGCCAUUAUUCGGAGUGAAGAAAGCAGGAGAGGGUUGAUGCUGGAAACUUCAACCACUGAAAGCUCUGCAAUGAUAGCUGAAGGAGGAACAAUCAUGGUUGCUAACCAGAGAAAAAACUGGGAGAAAAGACAUGAGGAGAUUUGGUGUACCCAUUAUAACAAGCCGCGCCACACAAGGGAAAAGUGCUGGAAAUUACAUGGAAAGCCCCCAAGCCGAGAAUGGGGGCUGAAAGAUGGGAAAACCUCAAGCAGAGAAUGGGGACCGAAACUCCCAGGCCGAGAAUGGGGAUUGAAGGGAGGCCCACAGAAAAAAGGAGGGCAAGCAUACAUUGCUAAUGGGCAAGGUGAAGAAUCUGUCCANUUGAAUCAUGAAGAGAUAGAANGGGUAAGAUCCAUCCUUAGUAAAUUGGAGAAGCCUACAGGUACGUGCUCCUUAACAUAUUCUGGACAAGAACUCGGGGAGGACGAUUGGACAUGCUAGAGAAUGGAAUGGCCUGUACUACAUGGAGGAUCCUAAUCUGCCUACCAAGAGUCUCAUCUCUAAAUCCACCAUGACCAACAAAGAGAAAGCUCACCUCUAUCAUUGCCGACUAGGACAUCCUUCAUUUCGAGUUGUAAAAGUGCUUUUUCCUUCCUUGUUUAAAAAUUUAAGUGUGGAAAGUCUUCAUUGUGAGGUAUGUGAGUUGGCAAAACAUAAACGUGUACCUUUUCCCAUUAGCAAUAAGAUGAGUCAU